AUGGAUCCCAUAUGCGGCACCGAGCAAAAGGGGAACACCUAUUGGACGAAGAUUUGGAAGGAGUUCCACGAGCAAAAGGAGUAUGUGGAGCCGCAUCCUAUCGUGACCACUUGCAAUGUGGCAUCUCUCCAUCAUCGUUGGGGGAUCAUUCAAGGGCAAGUGAACAAGUAUGUCGACUACUACUCACAAGUGACCAAACACCCUCAAAGUGGGAUGGGAGUCGUAACUCACACGGCGGCGGCGGCCACUUUGUAUCACGAGGUGGAGAAGAAGCCAUUUGCUUUUAGCCAUUGUUGGGUCAUAUUGAAUGGCAAGCCGAAGUGGAACCAAGUUGUGGCCGACCUCAAGUCCGGCAAGAAGAGGAAUGAUGGCUCAAUCUCCAACCAAUCAAUUAGGUUGGACGAUGAAGAGGACGCCAUUGUCGUGGAGAAUGGAAAAGCCACCGUGCCAAAGGACGACUGCCAAGUCAUGGGAAACAAGUGGGAGAAGGCACGUGCCGCCCGUGAUGCCGCGGCUACCAAAAUUUCGUCAACAUGGAUGAGCAUUUUUUCGGUGAGGGAGAACAAGAAGCAGGAGAGGUACAAACUCAUGCUGGAUGCGCAAAAGGAAAAGAUGGAGUGGAACUGGAAGAGGGCAGAGAAGAAGCUCAAAAUUGAGAGGGAGAAGAUCGAGUUGGAGAAGCAACAAGCGGCGAUCAAAUGGGAUCUCGAGAAGGCCAAGACAUUUGGCGACAUAUAG